GAUACGUUGCUGUCACUGGUAGAAAAAAUUUCAGGCGUCGUAGGAAAAAAUUUUCUUUGUAUGGAAAAAUUAAUGUAAAUUUAAUAAUAACAACAAAAUUGGUGUUUUACCUUAGUAGAAGAUUGUUUUGUAGCGACCGGAUAUAAAAUUGUGGUAUUCAAGAUAAUUUUUUUGUGGAACCAUUGCCCCAAGUUCAAUAAUUGAUUGGUGAUUGUGAAAGGUAAGAGGUGCAACUGACCAACUGGUAGCCAUUUGAACCCAACGAGAUGGCACAUUCAAUACACACAGAGCGCAGCAUUCAUGAAAUGCUCAAAGACACACCACCUUUGAAUGAAAGUGGUAGUGCCAUACACAGCGGAACCGAAGGCAGGCCCUUCAUGCCACCAAAUAGUCUACCACUUCAUAAUCACUCGGCACCUGCCACACCCAUGACACAAACCAGCCCACAGAACGGCGUGGACGCCGGUCUUUUACGUACGGGUGCCUCAAAAAUCGACAGUAUAAAAAAUUGGAGCAUAUCAACUUACAAGUGCACUCGUCAAAUAAUGUUAGAAAAGUUGGGUAAAUCACAACGUACCGUUGACUCUGAACUGGAAGCGCAGAUCGAGCAGUUACGUGAUACACAACGCAAAUAUCUAUCAAUUUUACGGCUGACGCGCGCUUUCAGUUCACAUUUUCACCAUGUCGUUUCAGCACAGCACGCGCUAGCCGAAGCAUUUGCAGAUUUAGCACAGAAAAGUCCAGAGCUGCAAGAGGAGUUCACUUGUAACUCGGAGACACAACGAAAUCUUACCAAAAAUGGUGAAUUGCUCUUAAGCGCGCUAAACUUUUUCAUCUCGUCGGUGAAUACAUUGUGCAAUAAAACGAUUGACGACACGUUGCUCACAAUUAAGCAAUAUGAAACUGCAAGAGUGGAGUUCGAUGCAUAUCGUAUGGAUUUGGAAAACACCAAACCCGAGUUGCCACAAAGUCCAGUAACUGAGGAAGCGCAAAAAAACUUUUCGCAUCAUAAAGAACUUUAUGAAAAGUUGCGAGCUGAUGUAGCAGUGAAAAUGCAAUUUCUCGACGAGAACAGAAUUAAAGUAAUGCAUAAACAAUUGGUGCUGCUGCACAAUGCAAUUGCGGCGUAUUUUUCCGGAAAUGCCGUUGCUCUAGAGAACACAAUGAAACAAUUUAAUAUAAAAUUGAAGGUGCCUAACGCCGCAACUGGGUCAUGGCUGGAGCAGUAGUACUGCUAAAUAACCGUCCCUCGUAAAUACCCAAUGGUCAUAAGCACCUACUAUAAACUAGCAAAUAUCUCAAGCAUAUAAAAUCAACAUCAAAUAUUUGUCCAAAAAACAAAAACAGAAAGGCGAAAUAAUAAAAUUGGUGUACAUCUUAAGCUAAUUACAUUGGAAAGGGGCAUUACCAAUUAAUUAAGGUAACAGAUGUAAAGUUCGUUUAAACGCGAAUAGACAACGCAUAUAUGUUUCUAUAUAUAUUCUUCAUUGCUUUUCGUGUAUUUUUAAAUAAUUCAAACGAAAAAAGUUAUUGAAUAAGCUUGGAUAAUGAAAUGGAAAAUAAGCGAUAAAGUUGCAUUACAUAAAAUAAUUAGUACUGUAAGAACACGUAAUACAAUAGUUCCUGAGUUUCUCCUGAACUACCAAUUUGAA